AUGAGAAAGAGCGCCAAUGAGGCAUAUGACUUGUUGGAGGAAAUGGCCAUGAAUAAUCAGCAAUGGUCAAGUGAAAGAAGCUCUUCAAGGAAAGUGGCCGGUCUGUAUGAAGUGGAUGCAAUUUCGAAGUUGACUGCUCAAGUUGAGGUCUUGACUAAGCAAUUGCAAGGCAAUAUAAUAACAGCUCCAGUGCAACAGGCCCAGACUUUGUGUGAAGUAUGUGGGGGCCCUCAUGCCUAUGAACAGUGUCAGUAUGCUAAUGUAAACAACAUGCCCAUGGAGCAAGCUCAAGCUAUUGGGAAUUUUCCUCGACAGAGCAACAACAACCCUUAUUCCAAUUCCUUCAACCAAGGGUGGAGGAAUCAUCCCAAUUUUUCUUGGAAGAAUGAUCAGCAAGGUCAAUCUUCAAACCAACAACAGUCAUCCCAACAACAGCCACAGGGGUUCUUUCAGCCGAGAUUUAGGCCGCAGCAACAACCUCAACCGCCUACUCAUCAUCAACAACAACAAAAUUUUGGUGGAAAUUCUAAUGCUCAGUCAGAUGUGCUAAACCAAUUCAUGGCUGAAACUAGGUCUUCUAUUAGAAACCUAGAGACCCAAAUGGGACAAUUGGCUACUCUCAUGGCUAAUCGUGCCCAAGGUAACUUGCCUAGCACCACUGAAGUUAAUCCGAAGGAGAAUUGCAAGGCAAUCACGUUAAGAAGUGGGAAGAAUUAUGAGGGACCAAGUGAGAAGCAGUCAGUUGAAGAAGUGGGUCAGGAUCAACAGGCACAGGCACAAAAGGAAAAGAAGCACAGUGAGAAGAAGGCUACUGAAGGCAUACCAACAAAAAAAGCUUCGCCACCAAUUAGUAUUGAGCAUGACAUAAAGACUCCCUACCCCCAAAGGCUCCGUAAGAACAACAUGGACAAGCAGUUUACUAAAUUCUUGGAAGUAUUAAAGAAACUGCAUAUCAACAUUCCAUUUGCGGAGGCCUUAGAGAAAAUGCCGAGCUAUGUCAAGUUCAUGAAGGACAUCUUGUCCAAGAAGAGGAAGAUGGAGGACUUUGAAAUUGUGGCAUUUACAGAAGAGUGUAGGGCUAUACUGCAAAAGAAGCUCCCUCCUAAACUGAGAGAUCCUGGGAGUUUCAAAAUACCGUGCACUAUUGGGAGAAUUGAGGGAAUAAAUGCUCUUUGUGAUUUGGGGGCUAGUAUCAACCUGAUGCCAUUGUCAGUUUUCAAGAGAUUGCAACUUGGAGAAGCCAAGCCCACAACUGUAACUUUGCAACUAGCUGACCGUUCGUUGGCACAUCCAAGAGGGGUAAUUGAAGAUGUCCUUGUCAAAGUAGACAAGUUUAUUUUUCCUGUCGAUUUCAUAGUUCUUGACAUGGAAGAGGAUAGCAAUGUUCCCAUCAUCCUUGGGAGUCCCUUCUUGGCAACAGGCCAAGCACUUAUAGAUGUUCAGAUUGGUGAGUUGAAGUUGAGAGUGCAAGGGGAAGAAGUUGUAUUCAAUGUGCUCAAGGCCAUGACUUAUCCUGGAGCUAGUGAUAAUUGA